CAUCCUCAUGUGAAAUUUGGAUUGGGCAUUCAGCAUCAUCAACCUGACACCUGACAAAGCUGAUAUGGAUAUCCUCCGUUGCCAUAUCUCCGCCGUGAGAUUAUUUCACGGUGCCGGCACCGGUCGUCGCAGCUGCAGCACCCGACGCUUCAACGUAAGAGCGAGCCUGCCAUUUCCGCAGCAAAAUGCAAAGUAUUACAAAGAGCUUGAAGCUGCAGUUGAUGUAGUCCAGAACGCUUGCCGUCUCUGUGUUGAUGUGAAAGCAUCUUUAUUCUCAACUGAAGGGAAUGUUCUUGAAAAAAAUGACCAGACUCCAGUGACUGUGGCAGAUUUUGGAGUUCAGGCUCUCAUAAGUUUAGAGUUGAAUAAGCUGUUCCCUUCUAUCCCAUUGGUGGCUGAGGAGGACUCUGCUUUCUUGCGAUCACGAAACUUAGCGGAUCCUGUGCUUGAUGCAGUAACUGCUAAAGCUAGCUCCUAUUGUAAACCGUUGACACAAGAUGAUGUACUCACAGCAAUCGAUAGAGGGGGCAAGGAUGCUUUUGUGUUUGGAUCAAAGCCGGCCACAUAUUGGGUGCUUGAUCCCAUUGAUGGCACACGUGGGUUUCUAAAAGGUAGCAAGGCCUUAUAUGUGGUUGGUUUGGCUCUUGUGGUUGAAGGAGAGAUUGUGAUUGGUGUUAUGGGCUGCCCUAACUGGCAGGAGGACUUAUCUGAGAAAUCCUCUAAGGAGGUGAAGGAGAAUAGUGACGCUCUUCCUAGAUCAGGAACUAUAAUGAUUGCUCAUUUAGGCUGUGGAACCUGGACUAAAAGGUUGAAUAGCAAUCCCAAAUCAUCUGCGUGGACCAGAUGUUUUGUUGAUGGGUUUGACAUAGUACAUAAAGCAUGCUUUUGUAUUCCAGAGAGUCAAACAUGGGAAUCUCUGCCCCUGUCAUCUUUAUUUAGUGCAACAAACAAUGUCAAAGAUGUAGGGAGCAAAGAAAUUCUUCUUUUGGCAACAUGUUGUGGAAGUUUAUGCAAGUAUUUGAUGGUAGCCUCUGGCAGAGCAUCUGUUUUCAUCCAACGAGCUAAAGAGAAGACCAUUAUAAAGGCUUGGGACCAUGCUGUUGGAAUGAUAUGUGUCCAUGAAGCCGGUGGAAAGGCAAACAACAUCAAAAGAUAAAUUCAGGGAGCAAUUCAAACUGUAUGGGGUCCCCCGACAGGCAUUGAUCAAGAAUAUCUAAGGGGAUUUUCACAAAGAUGUUUACAUGACUGUCUCAUGGAGCGCUUCUGGUGCCAAACUAAAUCAUGUGUGCAAGUAGCUGAGGUCUUUAUAUGGGCUUAAGCAAAUUAGUUGCAAGUGGUAUGAGAGAGAAACACAUCUCUCCUUACUAGUGAGUUGCGACUAUACUCAAGCACAAAUAUGAUCAUUCCUUGUUUACUAAACACAUGUCAGACUCCUUCAGUGCGCAGAUGAUGUGACUAUUGCUGAUAACUCCUUGGUUGAAUUUGAUCAUGUUAAGCAAAUUCUGACAGCAACAUAUAAUCAAGUAUAUGGGGUACUCAAAAUACUUAGCUUGGAAGUGAUUCAAUCUAGAUAUGGUAUUUCAUUGUGGCAAAGGAGGUGUUGUAUUGACCUCCUCUCUGGCUCUGGCGUUACUGGUUUUAAACCAGCUUAGACUCCUCUCAAUCCCUCAGUUCGGGUGCCUCAAGAGGAUGGGAAGCUUUAUGAUAUUGAUGUGCCCUAUUAUAGUCGCUUUGUGGGGAGGCUUCUCUACCUUACCAGUACUCAACGUGAUAUCACUUAUGCCACACAACAGUUGAGUCUCUUCUUGUCCAAGCACAGCAUUCAUCAUCAUGUAGCCCUCAGAGUUCUCAGCUAUUUGAAGCAAUCUCUUUGUCAGUUGAGUCUCUUCUUGUCCAAGCAUACCAUAGUUCACCAUGAUGUAGCCCUCAGAGUUCUCCACUAUUUGAAGCAAUCUCUUUGUCAGUCUCCUUCCCCAAGAUUCUUCUAUUCAGAUCAUACAAGUGUAUCGGUUACUGGUUUAUUUUUCUGAAUUCAGUAAAUUUCAUUCCAUUGAUUUCUCUACUUUAGUUGUGCAUUGCCAUUGGAACCUUUUACGUUGUUACCUUAGAGCAUUUUGAAAUGCCUUUUUGAGUGAACUUCCUUUUUUCUUAUGAUCACUUCUCAUAAUUUUCUUUUGUAAAUUGUUUCAUUUGAUAAUAUGAGUUCAAUUUGACCAGGUAACAGACUGGAAAGGCAGUGAAAUAGAUCUUGCAGCAGAUGAAGUUGGUCGGCGGAUUAUAUUCCCCUCUGGUGGUGUCCUUGUUACCAACGGCAAUUUACACAAUCAAAUUCUGCAUAUUAUCUCUCAAACUUCAAGGGUUUGAUGUUUGGGGAAGAGUGGUUCAUGCUGUGAUAAUUUUUUGUGAUGUCAUAUUCCUUGUAUCACAAUGAAGAAAAGUGGGUAGCUCUUGUGAUGCAUUUAAGGAUCUGAGUGAAAUGAGUUUACUUUUAUUCUAUUUAAAAUAAAAAUUAACUUCCCUAAAGGGCAUUUUAAUUGUUCAUGAGAAAAUUAAUCAAGUGUACUUCUACAUGUGUAUGUUAUAUUUUUACCAAGUUUAUGAUUUGUGUGUA